AUGUCUGACAAUCGUGGCGGUCGUGGAGGUCGUGGCGGCGGCGGAUACAAUGAUCGUGGAGGAGGCCGUGGUGGUGGUGGUGGUCGCGGUGGUGGUGAAAGGGGUGGCCGUGGCGGCGGUUACCAAGGCGGUGGUGAAAGGGGUGGCCGUGGCGGCGGUUACCAAGGCGGUGGUGAGAGAGGUGGCCGUGGCGGCGGCUACCAAGGUGGUGGUGAGAGGGGUGGUCGUGGCGGCGGCGGCGGUUUCCGAGGCGGCGGCCGUGGUGGCCAUGGCGGAGGAGGCAGAGAAUUUGCUCCCGAUGUUUACAAGGGAAUUGAUGGUCGCGGUGCCCCAGAACCCGACGCCAGCAUUACCAAGCUCGAAGACGACUGGAUCAAAAAGCAUGUCAGCAACAAUCUGGUCACUGCCAUGAGCAAGCUUUCGGUCAGCGACAAGGAGAAGGCCAACAACUUGCCGGUUCGCCCUGGCCAUGGAACAACGGGCGGGAAGGUGAAACUUUGGACCAACUAUUUCAAGAUAAACAUCAAAUCGCCAGCGGUGUACAGGUAUACCAUCAAGGUUGCCGCCAGCGAGGAAGCUCUCAAAAAGGAAGCCGACGUCGCAUCCAAGAAAGUGGAGGUGGUGAUUGGGAAACUGCUCGAGCAGAUUGGCGCCAGCGCACAGUCCGUGGUCGUCGCCAGCGAUUUCAAAGUGCAUCUGGUGACGCCGACGAAGCUCCCAGUUCCCGCCAACCGCAUUUUUGAGGUGACAUGGUCUGAUGCGACUUCCAACAAGCCCCAGACCUGGCUUGUCAAGGUUGAGGAGAGUGUUGAAGAAUGCGACCUCGGCAAGGUGCUGAGCGAGCUCACGACGCUUGAUCCCAAGCUCGACGGAGAUUUCCCAAAGUACAACGUGGAACUCGAUGCCCUCAACACCAUCAUCACUCACUAUGCCCGCGCCAACGAUAAAAUCGCGGUGGUGGGAAGAGGAAGGUUUUUCGCCUUCGGUGAUGACCUCGUUGAACAAAUCAUUCCUAACGGGUCCCCUUUGGUCAUCAUGCGUGGAUACUUUGCCAGCGUCCGUCCAGCUACCGGAAGACUUCUGCUCAACGCCAACAUCACGCAUGGCGUCUUCCGUCCUGGCGUCCCCCUCAAAGAGCUCUUCCAGAAGCUUGAACUCAACGUCAUGGACCGGUGUGACACCUUUGCAAACGCUCAACUAGCAUAUUAUGCAAAGAGGCUGCAAAGAGUCGACAAAAUCCUAUCCAAAGCCCGCGUCGAGGUAGAACUCCCAUUCAUGACUAAUGGAAAGCUUCAGAUGAAGAAGUGCUACCGUACGCUCCAUGGCAUUGCUAGUACGAAAGACGAAAGGGGGCAAACCAAGCCACAAUUCCGAUUUCCGACUCUUACCACUGGCGGCCCAAGAUCAGUUAAGUUCUAUCUGCGUGCGCCACAGGCAAAGGAUGGUUCCGCCCCCCCUCCUCCAAUCAAAGGCCUGCCGACCAAUCAGUACGUCACGGUAGAGGAUUAUUAUAAAGCGCGAUACGGCAUCACAGCAGAUCCAUCGCUUCCUCUGGUCAACGUCGGCAGUAAAGACAAGGCUAUCUACGUCUUGUCCCAGUUCUGUACGCUGGUCAAAGGCCGCUCCGUCAAGACUAAACUGGACCCUGAGGAGGCACAGGCCAUGAUCAACUUUGCAUGCCGUGCUCCUUCGCUGAACGCCCAGUCUAUCGUGACGAAAGGUAGACAAACCCUUGGUCUUGAUAACAGCGUGACACUUGGCAAGUUCAAGGUCUCUGUCGACAAGGAGCUGCUUACCGUUGUCGGACGUGAGCUUCAGCCUCCGAUGCUUACGUACGGUGACAAACAGGUAGAGGCGAAGGAUGGCGGGUGGUUGAUGAGGUCUGUCAAGGUGGCCAGACCUUGCCGCAAGAUUGAGAAGUGGACGUACCUUGAGCUCAAAUCUCCUUCCUCAAGGAGACCGCCUCCGACCACAAAACAGAUAGAGCAGGCUCUGACAGGUUUUGCCGUAUUUCUGAACAAAACGGGCAUCCCGAUCAACCCCAGGUUCCAACCGGGCGAAACCCUCGUAGUUCCAGCAACCGACAAAGAGUUUGACGCCCGCGUGAUGAAAAUCAUGAGCGCGAACCAGUUCCUGGUGGUGGUUCUACCCGACAAGGACUCUACUACCUACAGUUGGGUCAAGCGAGCGGCCGAUAUGAAGUAUGGCAUCCAUACGGUUUGUGUGCAAGGCGAAAAGUUGGUUGAAGAAAAGGGGCAGGCGGGGUAUUAUGCCAACGUGGGCCUCAAGGUCAACCUCAAGUUUGGCGGCACAAACCACAACAUCAAGACGCCAAUUCCUCUGCUUGCCAAGGGGAAGACCAUGGUGGUUGGCUAUGAUGUUACCCAUCCGACCAAUUUAACAGCUGGACAAUCGCCUUCAACGGCUCCCAGUAUCGUCGGCCUGGUGUCGACGAUUGACCAGCAUCUUGGACAAUGGCCUGGGAUGGUUUGGAACAACCCCCGCGGACAGGAAUCUAUGACGAAGCAAUUCACCGACAAGUUCAAGACACGUCUGGAACUGUGGCGCAACAACCCCGUGAACAACCGCACUCUCCCCGAAAAUAUCCUGAUUUUCCGCGACGGUGUCUCUGAGGGACAGUUUCAGAUGGUCAUCAAUCAGGAACUACCCCUGAUUCGUGCCGCCUGCAAGGAGAUGUAUCCAGCUGGCAAGGUACCGCGUAUCACGCUGAUUGUCUCUGUCAAGCGCCACCAGACUCGCUUCUUCCCCACGGACCCGAACCAUAUUCACUUGAGGUCGAAGAGCCCCAAAGAGGGCACCGUCGUUGACCGCGGCGUGACCAACGUCCGCUACUGGGACUUCUUUCUGCAGGCGCACGCGUCGCUUCAGGGCACGGCCCGCUCAGCUCACUACACGGUUCUGGUUGAUGAGAUCUUCAGGGCCGACUAUGGAAACAAGGCGGCCGACAUGCUGGAGAAACUGACGCACGACAUGUGCUAUCUCUUUGGCCGAGCCACCAAGGCCGUCAGCAUCUGCCCGCCCGCGUACUAUGCCGACUUGGUGUGUGACCGGGCGCGUAUUCACAUGAAGGAGCUAUUCGAUGCCAUUGAUGACGACAAGACCGUCAAAUCCGGAGAGUUCGAAACAUAUGCCAACGCUGGAGCUGUUCACCCCAAACUUAGGGAUUCCAUGUACUAUAUUUAG